GUACCGACAUCAUCCACUUCAUCCCUCAUCACAAAGUCCACAGUCCAACUGCGCGCGUGCUCGUCGCAAACCAUGUCGAUGCUGUCGCUGCAGCUGCUUCUUCUCCAGCUCGUCUCCUUGCUCCGUUCAGCCACAGCCACCACCGGCAGCAACGGGAGCUGUUCGCCGGAGUCAUGCGGGGCCCUGGCCAUCAGGUACCCUUUCUCCCUCGCCGGCGCGCAGCCGCUCUACUGCGGCUACCCGGCCUUCGACCUCACCUGCGACAACGGCACCGGCCGCACCUACCUGAGCAACACGUUCAGGGAGCACCUGUUCCGCGUCGACAGCAUCUCCUACACCAACAACUCCAUGGUGGCCGCCGUGCAGACCGCCUUCGCCGGCGACACCAGCUGCCCCGUCCCCGACUUCAACGUGUCGGCCAGCCUCGCGCUCUUCCCGUUCAACAUCAGCGCAACCAACAAGCGCCUCGUGUUCUUCUACAACUGCACCGUGUCCGCUGAGUUCAUGCUGCGGCGGCUGUGCGCCAACCACACGAUGGGAGCCUACAUCUCGGAUCGCAGCUGGGACAGCCACGAAGGCGGCAAGCUGCCGGCACCGGCAGGCGUUCCGACCAACUGUAGCUCGGUGAGCGUACCGGUGCGCCGAGGAAUGGAGCUGGCUCAUGAGCACUACAAGCGGCUGAUAAGCGAUGGGUUCCUCCUGGAGCUGCCGGCGCCGCUGGGAGACUGCGACGGAUGCAGACAAAUGGGCGGGGAGUGCACGUUGGAUCAAUUUGCGUUCCAGUGCGUCUGCGGCCCCGACGGGAAGCUCUGCUCAACAACUCCUUCAGAUACAGGUGCACGCGAUGUUGGAAUAAAGUAUGUCACAGGAAUCACAAGUGCUGUUCUGUUUGUCAUCGUACUGGGGCUCGUGUGCCACCUUAUACAACUCAACCGAGCCAAGAACAAGAAACGAUCUGCGUCAAUGGACGGCCUCAUCCGUGAAGGAUCGCCGUUGGCAUCGCUCCGCAAGGAGUUCAACGGCCUCGCCGGCUCGCCGUGCACCCACAUCUUCACCUACGAGGAGCUCGACGCGGCCACCGAUGGCUUCGGCAACGCCAACGAGCUCGGCGCCGGCGGCUUCGGGACAGUCUACAAAGGGGUUCUCCGUGACGGGAGCGUGGUGGCGGUGAAGCGGCUGUACAAGAACAGCUACAAGGGCGUGGAGCAGUUCGCCAACGAGGUGGACAUCCUCUCGCGCCUGCGCCACCCAAACCUCGUCGCGCUCUACGGCUGCACCUCCUCCUCGCCGACCUGCCGAGACCUCCUCCUCGUCUACGAGUUCGUCCCCAACGGCACGCUCGCCGACCACCUCCAUGGUGGCCACGGCGGCAGCGACGAUCCGCUCCUCCUCGCGUGGCCCAUACGCUUGGGCAUCGCCGUGGAGACGGCCGCCGCGCUGGCGUACCUCCACGCACACCAGGUCGUGCACCGGGACGUCAAGACGACCAACAUCCUCCUCGACGACGGGUUCCACGUGAAGGUGGCCGACUUCGGGCUGUCCCGGCUGUUCCCGGCGGACGGCGCCACGCAGCAGCACGUGUCCACGGCGCCGCAGGGCACGCCCGGGUACGUCGAUCCGGCGUACCACCACCGGUACCAGCUCACGGACAAGAGCGACGUGUACAGCUUCGGCGUGGUGCUCGUCGAGCUCGUGUCCUCCAGGCCGGCGGUGGACAUGGCCCGGGCCGGCACCGACGUGAACCUGGGCAGCAUGGCCGUGCGCAUGAUACAGUGCUGCGAGAUCGACCGGCUGGUCGACCCGCGGCUCGGGUACGGGCCGUCGGCGAGCGAGACGAAGGCGACGGUCGACUUGGUGGCCGAGGUGGCGUUCCGGUGCCUGCAGCCGGAGCAGGACGUGCGGCCGUCCAUCGGCGAGGUCCUGGACGUGCUCAGACAGGCUCACCAGAGGAUCACGGAGAAGGGAGCCUCCGCCGCCACGGAUGGUGCGGUGUUGCUGAAGAAGAGCAGGGACGGGUCGCCUGACUCCGUCAUGCAUCAGUGGAUCAGCCCCUCCAAUACCUCCAAUAGCAGCUGACCAUGACAACACUUCUCUAACACAUCUAGCAAUAAGUGGUUUGUAUUUAGAUCCGAUGGUAGGGAGAGGUUUGACUGAAUGCCAAAAACAAUUAGGUGCUUGUCAAAUAGUCACCCCCUUCGUUUAGUUUUCUUC